GUUAACUACCUAAGGUACCUAUUGUGCCUCGGAAGCUUGGUGGAAGUGAUAUCAACUGUAUAUCUGCGACACAUCUGACUGACAACGACCAAACUUCGAUCGUGCCCAAUUUCUGUGACCUUCACAGUACACCAACUUCUCGCCUAGAUCGCUGCAGAGAGAAAAUUGUCGAGAAUUGAAUUGAAGAAACCCAGUGCUGAGACAUGGAAGAUCCGCAAAUUAUAAACCCGGGGACGUCGAUUGCGACACCCAAGGUCAUCAUCAUGAUGGCUGAUUACGGCCACGAUCCAACAGAAACUGCAGUGCCUUGGGCCGCUUUCAAGACCGCCGGAUACGAGAUCAGUAUCGCGACCCAGAACAGCCAAGUCCCACGGUGCGACAAUAAGAUGCUUCAAGGUGUCACCCAGAAGCUUCUGUCACACCAAAAACAGGGCGCGACGAAAGAUGUUGUCGCCAAAUACAAACAGAUGCAGCAAAGUGAAGAGAUGCUCCACCCUCUCUCGUGGUCAGCGCCUGAUUUCUCGCUCGAUCCCUACGAUCUUGUCCUGUUUCCAGGUGGCCACGAAAAGUCCGUUCGUCAGGUCAUAGAGUCCCCAACCGUCCACAAGCUCAUGCUUGACUACUUCCCCAAAACAAAGAAGCCCAGUCAUAAAGUUGUCGCCGCCGUGUGCCAUGGCGUCAUGGUCUUGUCCGAAUCCAAAGAUGCAAACGGCCGCAGCAUCAUACACGAUUGUGUGACAACAGCGUUGCCCACACGAUUCGAGAAAACUGCUUACUGGGGCACGCGCGCUUUCCUCGGCGACUACUACAAGACCUUCGGCCACGGUAGCGAGAAUGUGCAGGAAUCGGUAACCAAGGCACUCGCAAGCCCAGCUCAAUUCAAGUCUUCCCUAAACCCCGGUCCAUUCGUUGUUGAGGAUGAGAAUUACAACUACAUCAGCGCUCGGUACCCUGGCGAUGCCGUGCUUUUUGCUGAAGAGAUAAUUAAAUUGUUUGAAAGUUUCCACAAGCUAGUAUGAUUCCACAUAGCACCAGUAAGGCUCAGCAGACGGGCUGGUGUAGAAUUUAUGAUGUUACGAAAGUCACG